UCCGCACCCUCCGCCAAUCGCCGCUCGCUAUCUGCUCUGCGCGGCGUCGCCCAGAGGAGCACUGCGGCUUCCGCCCGGCCGCCGCCGGAAGUGUGAUGUGGCUGUGAGCGGGUCGCCAUGUCUGCCAUCUUCAACUUUCAGAGUCUGCUGACUGUAAUCUUGCUGCUCAUAUGUACCUGUGCCUAUAUCAGAUCCUUGGCUCCCAGCUUACUGGACAAAAAUAAAACUGGACUAUUGGGAAUAUUCUGGAAAUGCGCCAGAAUCGGUGAACGGAAGAGCCCAUAUGUAGCUGUGUGCUGUGUGGUGAUGGCCUUCAGCAUCCUCUUUGUACAGUAGCAACUGGAGAGUGUCUCCCGUGCCCUACUACCAAACAGCAAAGCAUGGAAGAACUUCUGGCAGGAAAACUUUGGGAAGUGUCGUCUACUCUCCUCUUCUAUGUUGGAUAUCUUGUCUCUUUGUGGACAACCCUCUUCCUCCAAAUGGACCAUCAUGUACAGUAUUAGUGAUCAUAAUGUAACUAACUCCAGUAUAAGUACAUUCUAAUGUCACAUCAGUACUGACACUGCUGAUAUAACUGUUAAAAAGGUGUCUGUUGUGUAUCUGAGUUCCACGGGAGUAUAUUUUACACCAUGCAGUUGAAUAGGCUUUUAAUGUUUAUGUUUGGUACACCUACUUAAAGAAAUUUAAAAAAUGACAUAUCUAGCAAUAGCAAUAAGACCACUCUUACAAGAAUGAAGAACAUUACAGGAUAUGUUUACAGAAGCAUUUUCGGUUCUUACUGUCUGAACAAAUCCUAUGAUGUUGUGAUAGGUAUAUUCACAUGCUUAAAGCACGACCUCUUGUUUAAGUUACAUUCAACUUUUAUUUUGUAAACUUGAAAUUUCUCAAAUAAUCUAUCAAUAUUUUUAUUGUCAAGAUGAAAUAUAUAUAAAGGCAGGGAUUGGGAUCAUUAUUGUAGUGAUGUCAGACUAUCUGUUGAGGAUGCACAUACGUGGGAUUUGAGAACCUUCCUCUUCUCUACAGAGUACUACAGAGUACAAAGUACAGAGUACAGAGUACAGAGUAGUCCUCUGUGAAAUAUAUGUAUUCAUCUUUAGAAAUCUAACUCUCAGAUAAAUCAUUCUCCAUUUUUUCAAAAUUGUGUCAAAAAGAUUCUAAUGGCUCAUGUGCUGUUUUUGAUGCAUUUAAUACAAGGUUGUUAAAUUAGCUGAGUGAAUGGUUAGCUUCUCAGAAGUCUGCAGGUACAGAAGUUGCAUGUCCCAAUGUUCUAAAGGUUAAAGAAAACAACUAAAUUAGAUUACACUUAUUAUUGUUAUCUUUAUUAAAAAAAAAAAAAAAGGUUAUCUUUAUAAAUACCUGCCAUUAGUGUUUGUUCUAUAAUUUUUCAAACUUUUACUGAUUUAGUAACUUAUUUUAAUAGUGCCUAACAGGUGCGUUCAUACCAGACAGCUAAAUGACUUCAUAUUGACUGCCUUUGAGAGAGUUGUCUGUCAGCAGUACUUUUUGUUGUUCUAAAAAUGUGCGUGAUCAGAAUGAGCUUAGCUGGCAAUAAAACACACUGAAAGAUA